CUAUCCACACUUAAUUCUCUCAACCUCAAGAACGUACAGCAAUGGCAAAACAAUACCAAGCUCUCUUUCUACUCCUCUCCGUCUCUUACCUCCUCUUUUCGGAGCUCACGACCGCUUCAGUCAGCCCGACCGGAACUUCUACGAAAGCACUAAACUUCAUUCAAUCCUCUUGCAAAUUCACAACGUACCAAUCCCUGUGCGUUGAGACUCUCUCGGUCUACGCCAAUACGAUCCAAACAAGCCCUCGACGUCUCGUGGAUGCAGCUAUUGCCGUUAGUCUGAACCAAGCGCUGUCCACGAAGCUCUUCCUCUCACACCUGACGAAGAACCAGUUCCGAACCCUUGCGGACUGCCAACCAACAACCGAUUCGUACACUACAGAUUGCGAGUGUUCUGUCCAACAACUCCAAGAGGUGGUGAUUUGUAAAAGUUGGACCGAAUGCUUGUUUCACGUUAACAAUGCUGAAGUCUGUGCCAUUUCGGCUGAGGAGUAUAGCGUCGAGAAUUCUUGCUCCAACCCAUUCACGGGUCCGGUAAAGAUGUCAGUCCGGGGCCGAAUCUCGGAUGCAAUAAGAAAGUCACUCCAUACCCAGUUUACUAAGUUGCACCAUGAAAUAAACAAUGUCAAAAUGUUGUUCAAAGCCUUUCCUAAGAAUUAGAAAUAAUUGACUUCUUUUGUU